GUUGUUUUCAACGACCGGGGCCACCGCGAGGAGCUACGUCUGCAGGGGCCGCAUCUGCCCAAUGGCCGCUGGACGCUCACCUCCAGCUCUGACAGCAGUGACACCGACGGAAGUGAUGGAACCGACGAUGAGGAUGACAGCAUGGCAGACCCAGGCACUGAUCGAGACGAUGACGGUGACGCCGAUGCCGGCGAUGCCGGCGAAGAUGGAGACCAUGCCGCGGACGACGACGGAGCCGGCUACUGGUCCGACACAAGCUUGGUCUUGGAGGGCUCUGAUCUCCAGACGGCCCGCGAGCGACUGCUCAGCCUCUUCCGGUGUGAGCUCAGGGAGGUCACGCCCGACCUGGGCUCAAGGCAGGUGGGGGCCCGUGUCGGCUCCUUGCGAAAGGCACUCAACAAAGGAGGUUGGAGCGACGUGCAGCAGCAGGCGAGAGCUGUUCUCACAGAGGAGCGCCAGCACAAAUGGGCGACCUUUGAGUUCCAGCUCACGCUGGUCUUGGCGCUGGCCACACGGACGGCCAAGGAACACGCAGCGGCUGGCUGCGACCCGGCUGGCAUCGUGCAAUGCCCCGGCUCCAUGGAAGCCAGGCACUCCCGCGAGCAGUUCAAGAGGGUCUCCCGAAACAUGUUAAAAGGGCUUUUCGUCGUGCAAGGGGCUCGAUCUCAGGGCUCUCGCAGUGCACCACGUGCUCAGCGCACUGAUCUUCGUGUGCUGUCGUGGAACACCAGUGGCAUAGGAGGAGGGGUCUACCAAGAGUUGAUGGCGUGGUUGGAGCUCUCCGAUCAUCAAGCUUUUCAGCUAGUUAUCUUGCAAGCGACGCAUUGGCAACAAAUCUCGGACUAUACCAGUGGAGGAUGGCAAUGCGUCCACUCCUCCGGGUAUGUUGAGGGAGCGCAACCUGACAGGUCAAGCGGGCUGCUGAUUAUGCUGGCGAAGACCCACUUCUGCGACAUUGCCACACUGCAAAUGCUUCUUGCUCCACAGUUUGCGUACACAAAAAACAGAGGAACGGCUGAUGCUCUACUUCGUGUUCAUGCUCACUUUGCGGAAAUUUCUCGAAUGCUCAAGGAAAACGUGAUCAACCGAUUUCAGAAGCAACAGGGACAAGACAUGAUGCCCAUUGAGCGUGCGUCGGAUGGCCUGCUGUUUGGCUUGCCCGGCCUGCUGACGACCAACAAGCUUCAAGAGGAUGGCGGUGUUACGAAAAUUAAUGGUCAGGUGCGUGGCCUCCAGCGUGGUCAGCAAGAGCUCAAGAUCCUGGAUACAUUUCCGAAAGACCAUGGCGCUGGUAAUGACCCAGCUGCCCCACACAUCGUCAGCAAAGAGUGUGAGGGUGCGAAGCACCCACUCAAGAUCCCGGAGAUCAAUCAGCUUCCGAAGGUAUGUCACGGUGAGGUAACACCACAAGAAAGGAGCUAUGCGACAUCCUUGCUUGAUGCCAUUUGUGGUUUGUGUGCCACCAACAUGGCUACCGACAGCAAAGCGAUAUGUCGAGUCCUUGUGGAGCUGCUGAAUGGCAUUUAUGAAUUUGCCAAGCGGGGGAUCGACAAGCCGGCCCACCUGACCUGGAACCAAGCGGGACCGCUGGUGGGCAUGCCAGCGUACGAUCCCAACGGUGCAGAUGACGAGGAAGAUGAGGUGCAGGGCACGCUGAUCACCACGAUCAGCAGCAUCAGCAGCGAGCUCAACCUGUUCCAGGAGCAUUUGCAAGCUCAGCUCGACCGCCCUGUGGCUGCGAUUACCCAGCAGCUACGCACCAUGCAGGCCAAACUGCAGCACAAGCAGCUUCACUGCCCAGACGUCACCACAGCCCCCGGGACAUUGGAGUUCCUCCACGAGCUGCUCGUGUCCUUGAGGCGCUCCUUCAGCGUGAGGCCCAUGCGCCACCGGCUAGUGCUGGAAGACCACAUGCCUGCCUCAGUGCCCUGUCCUACCUGUAGUCGCAUGUUCCCCACCCUAAAUGCAAUGCGUGUUCACAGCAAGCUUCAGCAUGGCAUUCUUCCUGAGCACACUAGACAGCCUACUGCCUUUGAUGCAACACGGCACUCAGUCAACGGCAUGCCGGAAUGCCGGCUGUGCCGCAGACGUUUCUUCCGUUGGCAGCAGCUUCAGAAGCACAUAGAACAAGGUUCCUGUGCUGCUCUGGGGGGCGAGAGUUUAACUCGACACCCGUUGGACGAGACAGAGCAGAUGCGAAUGCAGCAAACAGCCUCUGCCACUCCUCCUGUCGAUGUUGCAAACACCUCCACUGUUGAAACUAUGCCGGAGGAAUCGCUGCCUCUUGUGCGGCGACCGUCUUUCUUGAAUGCCCAGCAUAGGUGGGAACAGUGGGCGCUCGAUCCUGCGGCUCGAGCACAACUGAUGUCGUACUGUGUUCUGUGCAACAUGUGGCUAGCGAGUAGCAAGCACGUCAAACAGCACUUCAAUCGCAUCCAUGCCUCGGACUUAGGGGACCUACCGCUGCGCGCCAAUCGCCUUUGCCUGACCUUUAAAUCCAAGCUUACCCGCGGCCGCAAUUGUUUGUUCUGCCACUCCAAAGUUGGGGCACCGACGAGGCACUCCCAGCAAUGCACAGUUCUGUUCCAACUCACUGUCGCUCACCUCGUGGCGCAGGAGCAGGAGGCCGAGAUCUUCAAGCAUUUCUUCCCCAGCGGGGCCCCACCCCCGGUGACAGCGCCUCCACCAGCGGGGCGGCAGGCUGCUUAUCUACCGCAACCUCCGUUCCAGCUGUCGGGGCACGUGCGACUGAUCAGCAAGGUGGUCCUCCAACAAGCCGAUGCGCUACAGCUGUUGCAGCAGGAUCGGGGGCUGAUGAUGUUCCUCAAGCAGGACUCCCGGAGCGUGUUGCCAUCCAUGCUGGCUAUGGCCAGGGAGUGGCGGCAGAAAAAGGAGCAGGGGGACCCUGCCUUGGUCUCUCCUCUAAGGACGGUGCUGCUAGCAGGACUGCUGAAGGAACUCCUUCAACGAUUGCAAGCUAUUUCCGCCACCGCGGAAGGCCGCAAGUCGGCCCAAGCGGCGGGAUGGAUGACGGAGGGGGGCGACUGGAGCUACAUGCGCUGGUGCCCCAAGGCCAAGCGGCUCCUGACCGACUCCAGCAAGCCGGCUCUGCAGCACACGGAGGCUGUGAGACUGCUCAACAUGCUGUACAGCAACACGAAGGGGGACAUCGUGCUGAACUUCCACAGCACCACGGGCAUGCAGCGCCUGGAAGAUCAGGGAGCCACGACGGCGGCUUUCAAACUGGAAAUCAGUCUUCGGGGUCAAGACGCGACGGAGGUACACCAGGCCCUGGUGAAGUUCAUCAACAAUUCCUCCACGGGACUCGAUGGGCCACAACCUCAGCUGAUGAGGCUCAUGCAGCCUCACCCUGCUCCGCUUUUCCGAUUGGCUAAUCCUGGCAACCAAUGCUACAUGAAUGCUGUUGUUUACAGCCUCUGGCUCAUUGCACGCCGCACGGGCGUUGCUUUACAACUGUCUCAGGUGCUUGGGGCCAAUGCCGCUGGGCACUACAGUGUGCGCCAGCUCUUUUCGUUCCAUCUGCUGGGAUGGCUGCAGCCUGAACGCCAGCAUGAUGUCACGGAGUUUAUUUCUCAUCUGCUUCCCAAACUUGUUGCUCGCGAUGCCGCAGGCGGGGUUGAGCUACGACAGCAGCAGCCUGAAGGCCUGUACCGUCGCUUUGAGUCAUCACUCACACACUGUGUGAUUCUGCCCGCCAUGCACAAACACAAUCGCAGCUUGCAGGCCCUACUCAACUUCUGGCACACACAGGAUGUCAUGCAUGCACUGGUCCAGCCGCACCCCUGGGUUCUACUGCAACUCCCCCGGUUUAGGUGGAUCCGAGGCUCUACUCAGAAGUGCCGGCGGACGUACGGGUUAGCACAUCGGCUCCAGGUGCCGGUGUAUCAAAACCAGGUGGACCUUGCCGUCCAGUGGGUGCCUUAUGAUAUAGCGUGCAUCAUACAGCAUCACGGUCCUCGGUCGGACCAAGGUCAUUACACAGUGAUUCAGCUUAGUUCCUCCGCUGCGGGGGACGCAGUGGAACCAUGGCUACUUGAUGACGCAAAAGAUCCGACAAGCCUUGACGACGCCAUGUGUGCACAUGUCAGUCGCAACAUGUAUGUGGUUGUUUUGACCAACGCUUCCACAGCCCUCUCACGCUCAAUCGACCUCACGAUGCCUCAGCCGAUCUACAUACCAGUGAACGAUCUGCCGAGACAGGAGAUGGACUGGCAUGCAGCGCAGCUCUUCUUACUGGAGUACCAGUUACGGCAGAUAGCAGCGGACAUGGCCCGUCUCAACCAGAUUUACACAGACCUCAAGCAUCGGGUGAAAAUGGUUGAGUACAAACUCGAUCGUUUGUUGCACCCCCGUGGGCACAACAAGUUAUCAGAGAGUCUGCAAGUUGUAUUUUUCGAUGAGCUGGAUGAGUGA